AUGACUGCCGAUGGCUUCACUUUAACCAACUCGGGAUCAUCUGUACCUGAUACACAGAGUAAACAACAGAAAGAAUCCAGUUUAACCAACUCGGGAUCAUCUGUAUCUGAUACACAGAGUAAACAACAGAAAGACUCCACUUUAACCAACUCGGGAUCAUCUGUAUCUGAUACACAGAGUAAACAACAGAAAGACUCCACUUUAACCAACUCGGGAUCAUCUGUACCUGAUUCACAGAGUAAACUACAGAAAUACUCCACUUUAACCAACUCGGGAUCAUCUGUACCUUAUAUACAGAGUAAACAACAGAAAGACUCCACUUUAACCAACUCGGGAUCAUCUGUACCUGAUACACAGAGUAAACAACAGAAAGACUCCACUUUAACCAACUCGGGAUCAUCUUUACAUAAUACACAGAGUAAACUACAGAAAGCUUUCACUUUAACCAACUCGGGAUCAUCUGUAUCUGAUACACAGAGUAAACAACAGAAAGACCCCACUUUAACCAACUCGGGAUCAUCUGUACCCGAUACACAGAGUAAACUACAGAAAGACUCCACUUUAACCAACUCGGGAUCAUCUAGUAAACUACAGAAAUACUCCACUUUAACCAACUCGGGAUCAUCUGUACCUGAUUCACAGAGUAAACUACAGAAAUACUCCAGUUUAACCAACUCGGGAUCAUCUGUACCUGAUACACAGAGUAAACAACAGAAAGAAUCCAGUUUAACCAACUCGGGAUCAUCUGUACCUGAUACACAGAGUAAACAACAGAAAGAAUCCAGUUUAACCAACUCGGGAUCAUCUGUACCUGAUACACAGAGUAAACAACAGAAAGAAUCCAGUUUAACCAACUCGGGAUCAUCUGUAUCUGAUACACAGAGUAAACAACAGAAAGAAUCCAGUUUAACCAACUCGGGAUCAUCUGUACCUGAUACACAGAGUAAACUACAGAAAGACUCCACUUUAACCAACUCGGGAUCAUCUGUACCUGAUACACAGAGUAAACUACAGAAAGACUCCACUUUAACCAACUCGGGAUCAUCUGUACCUGAUACACAGAGUAAACUACAGAAAGACUCCACUUUAACCAACUCGGGAUCAUCUGUACCUGAUACACAAAGUGAACUACAGAAAGACUCCACUUUAACCAACUCGGGAUCAUCUGUAUCUGAUACACAAAGUGAACUACACAAAGACCUUGAAAAUAUGGAUCCCUGGUGUAAUGAUAACAAAAUGAUAGUUAAUGUAAAUGAAACUAAAUGUAUUCCUACUGCUUCCAAACAGAAACUUGGGAUACUCAAUCUUUCACUAAGGGAGGCAACUGUGUCCCAGGUGAAAUGUGAAAAAUCACUUAGAACAAAAAUUGAUGACCGUUGA